CCCCGUCCCGCUAGCCAUCUUUCCUAGAGUUCCCCCGACCUCUGAGUCGACUCUGUUGGCCCUGCGCCUGUCUGUCAAUCAUGCUCCCGACACUGAUAAGCGACGCCCCCGGCGAGCUUGAGCGCAAGCUCUCCUCUUCUUCCAUAGAGAAGACGCGAACCCCCGACUCGGCGUCCAAGAAGGAUGCCUACUUUGACCACGAGAAGGUCGACGUCAACGAGGCUCCCUACGACGACGACGAGGAAGUCAAGGUCAUUGAGAAGGCCGAGGAUGUCGCCAUCGAGAUUCUGAGUUCGGAGGAUCAUCCUGAACUCCCCGCAUGGACCUUCCGGACCCUCUUCCUCGGUGUUGGCCUCAGUGCCUUCGGUGCCGUUCUUGCCACCAUCUACACGUUCAAGCCACAGAACGCUUCCGUCUCUCAGCUCUUCUGUCUCAUCAUCGCUUAUGUCCUCGGUACGGCCAUGCACGUCAUUAUACCCUCGCACGGCUACUGGCGCUACCUCAACCCUGGUCCGUUCAACAUCAAGGAGCACACCGCGAUCGUGAUCAUGGCGUCGACUGCGUCUACGGUGGCCGUAGCGAUGGAGAUCAUUGCCGCGCUUGACCUAUUUUACGACAUCCGCCUGAACGCCGCCGUCGCCAUUUUCCAGAUCUUCGCGAGCCAGAUGAUCGGGUACGGCAUUGCGGGCGUCCUCCGCGAGCUGCUUGUGUACCCCACGUACGCGUUCUACCCGACCUACAUCUCCGUCGUCAACCUGCUCCAGUCCCUCCACUUUGGUGACGCUCUCAACCAGAAGCGGAGAAGGUUCUUCUGGAUCGUCUUCGUUGCUAUCUUUUGCUGGGAAUGGAUACCGCAGUACCCCUUCCCGCUGCUCACGGCCAUCUCCAUCAUCUGCCUGGCAGACAACGGCAGGCAUGACUUCGUGCGCAACCUCUUUGGCGCGGGCUCCUCCAACGAAGGCAUUGGGCUGUUCAGCUUCAGCACGAGCUGGACGCUCAUCACACAGGGUUCGCCCCUGGUGUGGCCCCUCCAGACCCAGGUCAACUCGUACCUCGGCAUGGCGCUCGGCUACCUCGUGCUGACGCUCUGCUACUACAACAACGUCUUCGGCGGGCGGGACCUCGAAUGGAUGUCGACCUCGCUCUUCUUCGAGAACGGUACGACGUACGACCAGAGCCUCAUCCUCAAUGCAGACAACUCGCUCAACAAGACCGCGCUCGACGAGGUCGGCCUGCCGUACUACACCACGACGUACGCGAUCAGCCAAAUGUGCUACAACUUCUCGUUCGGCGCGUGCAUCGUCCACGUCAUACUCUGGUAUUGGUCCGACCUCAAGAAGGCUGCUAGGCACGCCGUCUCGACCCUGCGCCGCUUGCGCGAGCCGAUCGAGAUCGACGACCCGCACUACCGGGAGAUGCAGAAGUACAAGGAAGUCCCCGCCUGGUGGUACAUGACGCUCUUCGUCAUCUCCCUCGCCGUCGGCAUCGGUUGCAGCUACACGACCGAUUCCGCGCUGCUGCCUUGGUGGAGCAUCAUCCUGUUCACUGCGAUCAGUUUCCUCCUCGCCAUCGCUCUGGGAUUCAUUGCCGCCACGACAGGCUUCAGCAUCUCGGUCAAGUAUGCGAUCCAGAUUAUGGCCGCGUUCGUGCACCCUGGGAAGCCCAUCGCCGUCAUGUAUGUCAACCUGUACGGUAACUCGACCACCUACCAGACGCUGUACAUGCUGCAGGAUCUCAAGCUGGGUCAGUACACGAAGCUUCCGCCCCGCGCGACAUUUGCUGCCCAGAUGGUGGGCUCGAUCGUUGGCUCGAUCUUCAACUACACGAUGAUGCGCUCCAUCGUCGACGCGAAUCGUGAGGUGCUCAAGGACCCGACGGGUACCCGUGUUUGGUCCGGCUGGAUCGUCCAGCAGUACAACUCUGCGUCCGUCGCCCUGGGCGCGCUCGGCACGGAGCUCUUCGCGGUGCACAAGCGGUACGACAUGCUCGCGUUCUCGAUCUUCAUCGGGCUGCUCUUCCCGGUGCCCUUCUGGCUCCUCCACCGCUACACGAAGCCGGGCACGCUCCUCAACCGCUUCGCGAGCUACAUCAACACGCCGAUCCUCGCGCUCUACGUCGGGUACCUGCCCUACUCCGUCAACGGCCAGUGGUGGUCGUGUGUCGUGAUCGGAUUCGCGAGCCAGUGGUGGCUCCGCAAGUACCGCCCCGGGUGGUUCAAGAAGUACAACUACCUCUUGUCCGCGGCGCUCGACGGGGGCAGCCAGGUCAUCAUAUUCAUCUUGUCCUUUGCUGUGUUCGGCGCGAGCGGCAAGGCGGUCGACUUCCCCUUAUGGUGGGGCAACCCCGACCCCGCCGUGUUCUCCGUGGACAGGUGUAAAGCGACCUAAGCUGUCGGCGUGCGUCUGCGCCUGUUGAGCGCUGCCGCUGUAUGUAAAAAUUCAUAGGACAAACGGUGUGACUUUUGGACGACUUGGUAUGAUACACAACGAGAUAGACACGACACCUGUAUACUAGACUCGCCUGCUGUGAUGCGACGCAUUGGGCAUAAGUGGCUUUGAUGGUGUCCGUCUUCAGUGAGAAGGUUUAAGGUAAGC